ACACUGUACACUUCCUGUUAGUUCUGUUUCCUGGGGUGGGGGAGGGGCAGGAAAGUGUGUUAGGUCAGAGUGGGUUAGGUUCUGUGGCAGUUGAGAAGAGCAAUGAGCCAGAAACUAGGAUGGAGAGAAGGGAAGGAAAUGCCAUGCCCUUACACAGGGUUUACAAUUCCAGCAUCUUGCGUUACCCAACAUAUAGGCCAAUUCUCCCCUACUGCAUGUACCACUUCUCUUCUAUGUCACCACACCAGCGACAGCUUCUGGAGAGGACCCAAAGCUACAUCCGCAUGUUCUGUGCUGGCCUCAUGGGCUUCAUCUUUGUCCUGCUGAUGUGCUUGUCCCCUUUACAUUGGGUACGGUUCAUGGUAAUGAAGGACAAGAAGAAACUCUUUGCGGGGCUCUGGACUGUGUGCCACCAUGAUCUCUGCUGGAGCCACGUGCCAAAAGCACCCUGCACCUGCCUACUCCUCUGCCUCAUUUUGUUCCUGAUGCAAGUGAAAUUGUACAGUAGGAACGUCUUGGAGCCCCAUUUCCUAUUAGCCUACAGCCUCAAUUGGUGGGGCAGUAUCUUCUACAUGACAGUUGGGUUCCUCUCUGGACUCAAUCACAUAAGUUCUCGGGCUCCUUCUCCAGAUCAAAAUCUCCUUGUGAUUCCUAUAACAAGGACAAGAAUAGGAAAUACGGCUAGAGUAGACCGGGGGCUAACUGAAACAAAUGUAGGUGUUUCUAAGUGGAUGAAUCAGGCACCAGAAAGGCAGUCAGGUUCAGUGGCACAAUCAAGUGUCUACACAGAGAAAGGGACUCAGACAAAGACAGUAACCCAAAAAGUGCUAGGAAGUCAGGUUGAACCAGAGGUCCAGGCUGAGUCAGGGACCCACACAGAGCCAGAGAUAGGAAAUGAAUCAGCAAUAAAAGAUGGGUUAAUAACUACAAGGUUAGCUACUGAGAUAGAACCAAUUGACACAGUAGAGCCAAGGCCUGAGGCAGAGAUAAUUGGGAGUGUGGCUGAUGAUAUGUCAAGCAAUAGCCUUCAGGGUAAUGAAAACAAAAUGACCAAAAACUGGAAUUAUGAGGACAGAGAUUCAGCUGAGAAAAAUGAGGAUGACAGAACAAAAAAUUAAUCUUAGAUACAAGGUAGUGAGAGCAAAGAUAUUAAAAACAAACAAACAAACAAACAAACAAACCCUAGAAGGCUUAAAGAUGUUUUGUUGGGUCUGAAGUGUGGUAGGAGUAUCAGAAGUAAUUCUUUUUUUUUUUUUUUUUUUACAUUUUAUUUAUUUUUGAGAAACAGAGUGAGACAAAGCGUGAGCGGGGGAGGGGCAGAGAGCGAAGGAGACAGAAUCUGAAGCAGGCUCCAGGCUCUGAGCAAGCAGUCAGCACAGAGCCUGAUGCGGGGCUUGAACCCACAAACUGUGAGAUCAUGACCUGAGCCGAAGUUGGAUGCUCAGCCGACUGAGCCACCCAGGCGCCCCAGAAGUAAUUCUGAUAUAAUAGUAUGACGAUUCUUUUGAACCGCACCCCCCCCCCCCCCCCCCCCCCCCCCCCCCGGAUUAUACCUCCUUCACGGAGCAAGUGGUAUUAUGGAUGAAAGCAAGCCAUUUGUAUGGGUUAGGGCAAAGGCACCAAUAAUGUAAGGCUCACAAGGAAAGAAAUGCAAAGCUUAUUAAAGGAAGUUUCCAUGUUAGUGUUGUGUGCUGUGGCUGGGAAAGGUUGGCAGGAGAUGAGAUGCCCAGGCCACCAAACCUUUCCAGAUUUCCAUGACCACACAAUGGCACAUCUCAGUGGGACUGAAAGAACUUUCAGUUUGGAAAUUCAAACUCUCAUUUUUGGUCCUUACUUCUUUAAUUCAUUAGGCUGACUUUUGGCAAGCAUUUAACUUUCUCGGGCCUAACAUCCUUCAUUGACCAGCUAGACUCUGAGAUUUCCUCUAGUGCUCUUUAUGGCCACGAAUGAUAAACAAUGGAGAAAUUAUUCCUUUGGCCAUUGGCUCGUAUGACCCCAGAUUAUUUUAGCAAGUAACUUAGUCUAGUCAGAGGAACUAAAUUCAGUUCUCUACCUCCAAGGCUACUUUUGGCAACUCCUUAUUUUUUUAUUUAGAUACCUCAUUUAAAAAUGUAGCUGAAUCCCACUGUUUUUAACUAUUUGGAAGAACUAGAAAGGAAGAAAAAAAGAGAAAGGCAAAAGGCCUGAGACUCUCUGACAGAGUCUACCACAUAGACUCAGGGAAUUUCAGUGAGGCCUUAAACAGUUUCACAAAAGAGAUUGUGGCCUUUGAAACUGGAAGCUAGUUUUUUGGUUGGAAAUAUUAGUAGUUCACCAUGAAAAUCCACUCUUAACUCCUUAAAUAGUUACUAUUGCUGGCUGUUUGCACCUCUAGCUAGUCAGUCAAAUUUUAUGACCCUUAAUUUUGUCAUCUUUAAAAGUGGCUUCAAUAAAUGAUACCAUCUCCAUUC